AUGCCGAGGUGGCGUCUGGCUGUCCUCUUCCUUGCGCUUCUGGCGUCAUCCGCCGGAGUCGAUACAACGAACACAACUUCAGUGGCGGCGAAAAAAGGUUCAGAAGGCCCACAUUUGACAACCGAUGAUGAAGGAUUUUUGACUGUUAUUCAAGGAUUUGCCACACAAUUGCAAUGUGUUUUGAACACUUGCUCCAGCGAAGUUGUUUGGUACAAGGAUGGUUCUCAAAUAUCCAAAGGAUCUGAUUUUCUUAACACUACUUCAGAGAAGGCUUAUAAAUUCCAACAUUCAAUCGAAGUAGAUUACGAAAAGGGAUGUUCGGGAGAAUGCGAUGAUUCAAAGCCAUGUGGUGAUGGAUUCGCUUGUGUCGACAACCAAUGUUGUUCCUGCAGAAGAGAAGAGUUCACUUUGGUUCUUCGAAAUUUGACUUUUGAUGAAUCUGGUAGAUAUCGCUGUCAAUUGGGAAACAAAUCUGAAUUGCUCGAGUUCCAAGUGGAAGUUCUUGAGUCCGGACUCAAGGGAGGAUUUCAUGAAAACAUUUCGUAUGAUCAUUCUGAAUGUUGCCAAGAGAAAGGAAUUUCUCCCCUCUGUCGAGGAAUGUGCAAACCAUCUGAAAUGGAUCAACAUCACUUCGACCCAACCAGCUGCAAGACUGAUGACUAUAAACACUUUUUGUCGUGUGCUACGGAAGGAGGAACUCGUUCACAUGUACACUGCUGCAAGACGCAACUUGUUCCAAGUUUCUGUUAUGACUUCUGCUCAGGAGACUUCCAGAUGCUUCGUCGUUCGCAUCGUCUCUGUCUCUACUAUCUUCCAGAGAUUUUCUCCUGUCUGGAUCGUGCAUACCUUCCCUACCCUGAUCCUCCAACCGCGAUAGAAGUUAAUCCAGUGGAUCACGACAAGUUAUCCGUAUGUUGGCAAGAACCAGCAAAGCAUGAAUCGAAUAAGAUGUUCCCAAUCCUCGAUUAUGCUGUUUACUUCAAGGAAAUUCCUAAUUUCCCUCUACUUGGCGGAGAUAUGGGUCUCCCACUACUUACCGGAGAUUAUUCGGAUAUUGGAGAUAUUCAAGAGGACGAGUAUCAACAAGAAGAAGAUGAGGCGGAUGAAGUCAUAAAAGAUUCAACAAUUGCUCCGAGAGGAAAAAGGAAUGCUGAUUUCAAAUUAGAGAACGUAGAAGUUCAAGUCCGUGAGAAGAGAUCAACAAUGGUUAUUGUAACCAGAGAUGAUGUGACCAAUUCAACAACUAUUCGAGAGUUUGCUUUUCAAAAUGUGAAUACAACGGAAAAAUGCGUGACUCUAUCGGACCUUCGAUCAGCAACCAGAUAUAUAGUAUAUGUAACAGCGAGAAAUGAGUACGGUACAAGUGUUCCAUCUGUUCGGAACAUUGCUUCUACAAAUGUUCAUAUGGUCAAAAACAACGCAAGCUUGCCUGAUGCAAUGAAGUGUUGCACUGCUGCUAAUGUGUCUUCAUUCUGCUCCUCCAAAAUGUGCUCCGUGGCAGAAGAUCCAUCAUCUUUCUCAACUAUUACAAUUGCAACGACAUGUCGUGCUGAGUGGCCAAAAGUGUCUCCAUGUAUUGCUGAUGGAAGAAAUCACACAGACUGCUGUGCAAGGAAAGGUGUUCGGGAUGAUUGCCUCCAAAUUUGUGCCGGAAGCACAAAAGAACUCGGUGUUCAUUCAGUUUUAUGUCUUAAUCUUGACUUGCAAGCAGUCUAUCAAUGCAUUCGACAAGGAUAUGAGACCCAUCCAUCUGCUCCUGGAAAUGUGACUAUCUCCGAACUGACGGCACACAGUGUCAGUGUACAAUGGACGGAACCGGAUUCAAACGCACAUCUCGUCGAGAACUAUACACUGUUCAUUAGGAAAAAUGAACACGGACAGUCAGUUCGCACUGUUCACAAUGUUAAGUCGCCUCACACCGAGCUCGGACUGGACCCUGAUUCUGAGUAUGUUCUUACUCUCCAAUCUCACUCUGCUAACGGAACAUCCCUACCUUCAACUGCAAAACUGUUUUCAACUCUUCCAACGACUCGCCCACCACUUUGUACAAUUGGUGAGCCAAUUUAUAUGAACGAUGGACGUGUUAUGAUAUGUGACAAUGUAAACCCUUGUCCUAACGGAUUCCGAUGUACUGGGGCAGGUUCUGAUCUCUCCUAUUGCUGCCCUCAUGAUGGUACCCAUUCUUCCGAAGAAUUCACUUCGUGUUGCAAAGAACAGAAAAUGCCCGAACAGUGUAUGGGCAGUUGCCAAUACAAUUCAACACUGGGAGACGACUGCAAAGAACAUUUGAAUACGUGGAUUCAGUGUGCAUCUGAAGGACACGAUCAUUUGAGGUGCUGUAUGCGAGAAGAAGUAUCGAAAUCUUGUCAAGUAGCAUGCAUGCAUCCAUUCACAGUGGACGCCGAACAGUGCUUCAACGAAGUGCCUAAAUAUCGUACUUGCUUUAAUGGAGCUCACCUUGCUCUUCCUGCUGUUGUAAGGAAUUUGGAAGUCACUUCGAUCACCAAAGAAUCUGCAACAAUCACAUGGGAGGAUAUUGAAGCAAACAUCAUUGCAUAUAGAGUUCAGCUUUUCGAAAAUGGCGGUUCUCUUCUGAAAACUGUGAAUAGUUCUGCUGAUAUCUACCGAUUCUCGAACUUAGAAGCUAAUAAAAACUACUCCGUUCGUGUCACUGCUAUUAAUCCUCAAGGAGAAGGCCCGCCAUCUUGGAAUGUCAGCUUCAUCACUAAACCAGCUCAGUUGUAUGAAGGCGAUCGUCCACUCGCUCCUGAAGGUCUGCGUGUCGCUUGGAAUUCUGGCCCACGAGUCAACGUCACAUGGAAUCGUGUCACCGUUCGCCGAAACGACGAUCCAGUGUCGCAUCCAAUUGAAUAUACUUUGUAUUAUUUGGAAACUGAGCAUAGUUCAACUUGGACUACGUUGAAAACUAACAAUACGUGGGUUGUCAUAAGAGAUUUGAGAAAAGAUGCACUCUUUUAUGUGUAUGUAACUGCUAGAGAAGAUGACAAGAACAGUCGCAGCUCUUCAAUAAUCACAAUCCUAGCACAGAAAGAUUCACUUGGACUACCUGAACCAGUUAUUUCCAUCGAACCAGAUCAUAAAGACGGAGUGUUUUUGCCAGGAGAAAAGAUUUCUAUAAAUUGUUCACUUUCGAAUGUCAAAAAGCAUUUGAAUAUUGAUCUCACUGUUGGUCCCCAUGUUAUUCAAAAUGAUCACGGAGCUAUGUGGGUCAUCUUGGAGACCGAAGCUGACGAAACAAUGGAUACAGCCACGUGUGCAGUUUCGGAUACAGAUGGAAGACAGCAUGUAGCUAUGAAACAUCUUGUUCUCGAGAGAAAGGCUUCAGUCACAAUGAAAAAGGACAAGAUCAGAGUUCUGGAUGAUCAAUCGGUUGAAAUCGAAUGUAUAUAUCGUGGUGGAGGACGUGAUCCAAAAAUAUCAUUUGAAAAAGACGGAAAGAAGGUUACACGUGGAUUCUUGAAUGUCAAGAAGACCGAAGCAGGAUAUGUAGCAAAAUGGCAGAUUCGCAAAAUCAAAGAAAACGAUGCUGGUAUUUAUAAGUGCAUUGUCAGUUCUGGAGAUUCGGAUCCUGUAGAAGCAACUUCUGAAGUCAUUUUUGCCACAGAAACUAUUCCUGUCAACCCGAAAUUGAUUCUUCAAUGUUGUGAAGACGAAGGAAUUACCGGUGAUUGUCUCCAAGCCUGUAAUAUCGGUCGUGCUGCCCUUUCCGCCAAAAACCAAAACUGUACAAGAUUCGCAACAUCACUCUUGAAAUGCGCCGAGGAUAUUCGUGAUCAUUCGGAUUGCUGCGUGGCAAGUGGAGUCACUUCAAAAUGUCUUCCAUUAUGUUCUGGUGACAGCUUCUCACCAGAUGUCGAUUGCUCCGAACAUGCAGUUUCAAUUAUGUCAUGCUUCGUGAAAAGUCAUGAACACGCUCCAACCGAAGUAACGAAUGUGAGGGUCAAGUCAUCAGAAGGUAAAACAAUGGUUGAAUGGGAUUAUCCACUCACAAAAGAUUACAAAUACUUUGCUGUCUACUAUCAUAAGAUUCACGAUAGUGAUGACGAUUGGCACAAACUGAAGACAAUUCAGCAGAAUAUCGAAAUUGAUUUAGAUCCUUCUGAAGACUAUGAAGUUGGAAUUCUUGCCGCUAAUGCUCUUGGCCACAGUCGUCUUGUUUAUGCAGCAGUCCCUAAAGAUAUGGAAGCACAUUCGGCUUCAUCAAAACAAGGAUCUUCCUCUGCUUUCUGGAUUAUUGUCAUUCUCAUCGUUUUCGGUGUCUGUAUUGCUGGAUUGGCUGUUCUCGGUAAACGACGCGAGUUGCCGUAUCCGUUCGGAAAGUUCAUUGGCAGAAGGAAUGACCCAAAUCAACCUACCGUAGCGUUCGAAAAUCCUGCAUAUGGAGAACCAUGGAGUGGAGCUGAAGUCGAGAUUCGUGGUCUUGGUGGAUCAUCAGGAAACACGGGAGCUGCUGCAACUCAAUCUGAAUGGCAAAGUGCGAAUCUCGAAGCCAACAAUACAACCGAUAACAGUCAUGAAUACCGAAACGGCAUGCGAUAUGCUAAACUCGAAACUUAA